AUGCCACUCAGAAUCACACCCAGCCACAAAGCCGUCUACGUGCCGUCAUCCGACACAGCACCCGACUCAUCCGACCUGUCCGAGCUAUCCGAAGACGACCAUCUCGAACCUGACGACUCUGAAGACGACACCCUCUUCAACCAUAACAACUACGAGAUCGGCCCCGCAAUAGCAACCAGACAACUAGGCAUACACCAUUACAAUGUAAAGGAAUGGGAUACUCGAGACGCGUACCGGGAACUGUACAGACAUUGGAAACAGACUAUCACCAAAUCCUUCGCCGUAGAAGAUACCUUCCACCAUGACCACUCAGAAACCCAUAAGAAUAUCACAGUCAAGGCUUUAAUCCCAACAUGGCCCGGAUAUAUGGGGUUCAUCAGAUACAGCAAAACAACAGGAACAAUCACGUUCAUUAAUGCUGAUGCCUACCUUUUACAAUCCACAUACACUCCUCAACAUGAAGACUCUACUACCGACAGCAACAACGACACCCUCUUCCACUUCCAAAACGACCGACUCAAAGCCAUAGCGUACGUCCUACUCCUCUCAGGAUUCAACAUCCAAAUCACCUCUCGAAACUAUAUCUGGUCAUUUAGCCUACCACUCACUCCAGUUUCCUCUCCCCCAGGCAGAAACAUUCCACAGAUAUCAUGUACCGUGAACACCCUAACCCACACCCACACCCAUUUCCCCAGCAACAACACCCUCACCAUAACCAUCAUCACCUCCCAAACCCUCCAACCACACACCUUCCGCACCUGGCUCCGCACAUCCCUAUACCUCACCAACCCAUCCCAAAACAAAAACACAAUCCCCACCCCCCACGGCACCAUCCUCCUCGCCCCCACCAACUCCGGAACCCUCUACCUCAAGGGAAUCCUCCUGCCUGAGUGCAACUUUCCCCGAGGAAAAUACAAGUUUGGAUAUGAUUUCCACUACGGGAUACCCACUACGAGCGGACGACGACUAGCGAGCGCGGUACAUGAACUCGAUCUUAUUUGUUGUAUCUGGGAUGCGGCAAUUCGCGAGAAGCCCGUGUAUGCGGUGCCGAGGUGUGUGGAUAUGCUUUUAGAGGGUGGAGGGGAUGGGGGGUCGUGGGUGGUUGAUGUUAGGGGGGUGGAGGAUGGUGGUGGGUUGGGUGAUGAGGCGGUUGAGGCGGUUUGGUGGGCGAUUGUGGUGAGAGGGUAUUAUUGUUGUGGAGAGCUAGGUGGUAACCCCCGGUUCAAGCAACUCAACAGCUAG